ACGUUGCGCCCUUAAACGACUCCAGCGGAACUCCACAAGAGCGAUAGCUGAUAGGGUUUGGGCUUUGGUUUCCGGCGGAGGAAGAAGAAAAGCUCGAAAUGGAGUCAGCUGUUCAAACCCUCUUCAUCGGGCACAAUCCUCAGGCGAUUCUUCAAAAGCAGAGAAAGUUUUUCUGUUCUAGAUUACUGACUUCACCGAGAACCAGAAUAUGUGCUUCGGUUAGUCUGAAACGUGUUUCUUCAGAAAAUUUUAGAAGAGAGAAUUCUAUUAAAGCUUCGGCUGUUUUUGUGGAGCAGGCAUGUCGUCGAACCAUGGAUUGGUUGCAGAAUUCCCAAUGCAAUACUAGCAAUAUCCUCAGGAAUGCAGAUUUAGGUAAUAUUGGUGAAUCAUUGGCUACAUUUGAGGAUUUCACUGUUACAACUACAAACAUGGGUGACCGAGAGAUAAAGAUCAGAGUUGAUGCAUCUGGUGCUAGAACUCAGGCGAAUUUUGAUAAUGCCUUCUCAAAGUUAGUUGCUGCUGCACAACCAAUUCCUGGUUUUCGGAGAGUGAAAGGAGGGAAGACUCCUGAUAUACCAAAAGAUGUUCUCUUGCACAUCAUCGGCCCUUCAAAAGUUUACAAACAGUCUAUCAAGAAAUUGAUCAACACAACUGUUGCUGAAUUUGUUGAAAAGAAAAGUUUGAAAGUCACAAAAGAUCUGAGAGUUGAACAAAGCUUCGAGGAGCUUGAAUCAAAAUUCCAACCAGGAGACGACUUUGGAUUUGAUGCAACUUUACAGUUUCAAGGACUGCGGACUGAGAGCAUUAGUGCUAGUCUCCAGAUCUAUCAAGAACCUAGGAAGACUAUAUUAUGGAUGUAAGCAGCAUGGAUUGUUAAAGUGAGUGAGGUAUGAUACUGGAAUAAAUGAAGACACUAGUGAUAUAUAUUUUAGAAUGUUGCCAAAAGUGGAGUCAAGGGUACGAAGUGAACACAUUGUUUAUUCUAGACAUAAUAUGGGAAAUUGGAAUGUAUCGUCUAUGAUCACGAUAUUCGUGAUAGCGAACUUAAUUCUUUUGGUUGUAUACUUGUUUUGUUUGUUAGUUGGUUUGGUUA